UGACGGGUCGGUUGGAGCGGGACCGUGGAUCACACCGCUGACAGUUGGGUUAACUGGGUUAGUGUACUUAUCUGAUCACUUUCGCUUUGGGCUUCAGUUACCGAUCGGCCUAUAUUCAAAAGGUUUAGCACCGCGGGAGGGCAGACUCUUUAUGAAGCCAACAAAAAGACUCUUCCGUGACCAUGCUGAAGUUACCCGAAGCGACACUUUGCCUUUGUUUGUUGACUGUUUUGAAGUCACUUGUUUUGUUGGGGACUUGUUCGCCGGCUCACUUGAGAGGUUUUGAUGAGGAUGCUUUCACUAUCCAGCACGCCAGCACAGAGAAGUGCCUGGGUACUGAGGCUUCCUCAGACUUGAGUCUCACUGCCUGCGACCCAAACAGCAGGACCCAGCUGUGGAAGUGGGGAUCUGGUCACCGGCUCUUUCAUGUGGCCACGUCCCUCUGCUUGGCGUUGGACGUCCCCUCCAAGACGCUGUUCCUGGUGGACUGCGGCCACAACAACAUGCUGCGGUGGCGCUGCGUGGAUGGGAUUGUCUACACUGUUUAUCAGAUGGGUCUUGCUGCCAGUGAUGGCAAAGUUGUCGCCAAACGGGACGCUAAUGAUACAUGGGUCAGAGGAGGAUCUCAAGACAACAUCUGCCAGAGACCAUAUCGUGUUGUCCACACCACUGAUGGGAACUCUGUUGGUGCUCCCUGUGAGUUCCCCUUCAAAUUUAACACCAGUUGGUAUCACGAAUGCCUCCCGGAUGAAGAUUACCCUGGACUGUCCUGGUGUGCCACCAGUUCGGACUUUGACCGAGAGGGAAAGAAGGGAACCUGUCUAACACCAGAGGAGGGUUGCCAGGCUCUGUUUUCUGGACCGGUAGGGGACUCCUGCUAUGAGUUUGUUUCUACGGCCGCCGUGACCUGGCAGGAAGCUUUGGAUUCAUGUCGGAGUCAGGGGGCCGACCUGCUGAGUGUGACUGAGCCGGAGGACCUCCACUCCAAAACCUUUUUGGCCGGCCUUGACAGAAUGCCCGAGAGGAUGUGGAUCGGCCUGCACCAGUUAGACACCUCUCAGGGCUGGCAGUGGUCAGACGGCUCGCCUCUUUCCGUCCUGCGCUGGGAAACAGGAAUGCCAGCGUCAUCUUCGAUUGAUGAGUCAGACUGCGGAGUCCUGAACUCCAAUCAGAAUUAUGAAUCUGAGGCGUGCAGCUUUCGGCUGCCAUACAUCUGCAAGAAAAAAGUCAACGCUUCUGACACACACACAGAAACAACAGAGUCUCUGGUUUAUAAAGAAACAGUGUGUCAAAAAGGCUGGGUCCCAUGGAACGGCUGGUGCUACAAGUUAGUGAAAGACACACCUCGAGACUUUACGGCCGCCCAGCAGCACUGUAGCCUCGUGGAGGGAGGAGGAGGGGGCUCCCUGGCCAGCUUUCACUCCAUAGACAGCAAAGAGAUGAUCAGCACUAAUUUCCAUGCCGACGGCCUGUUUUUGGACGUGUGGAUCGGUCUGAUUGGGGCAGGUGUAAACUUCACAGUCUUCAAAUGGAUUGACAAGGCACCUGUCACCUUCACCUACUGGGACCGAAACCAGCCAGUUCAACCCAUCGAGGACACCAGCUGUGUUGUCUACUCUGGAGAGCUCCAUGCUUGGCAGGUUAAGGGCUGCACAGUGAAGCAGCCUUUUUUGUGUCAGAAGAAAGGAGAGGUUAACGAAACUGCGACACAGGCCGGAUGUCGCUUUGAGGAUGGUUGGAGGAGGCACGGCAACUCCUGUUAUCAACUGAACACCAAACAAGUGUCCUUCAAAGAUCGCUGCAACAUCACUAUAAGAAACAGGUUUGAGCAGGCCUUCAUCAGCCGUCUGCUGACUGAGCAGUUCAGCAAAGAACCUCAGUACUUUUGGAUCGGGCUGCAGGAUAUUAACAACACGGGGGAGUACCAGUGGCAGAACCAGGAUGGAUCACCGGGUGUGGUUUCAUACACCAACUGGGGCUGGUUUGAACCAAGUCACGACGGUGGUUGUGCGGUGGUUUCCACUACUAAACCUCUGGGCAAGUGGGAGGUGAAAAACUGUACCUUUUUUAAGGCUGGUACCAUUUGUCGAAUAGACCUCAGUCCACCUCCACCUCCAGACGUAGAGCCGAACCUCAACAUGAGCUGUCCUAAUGGAUGGCUGUCCCAACCAAACUAUAAAUACUGCUACAAGAUGUUUCAUGAGGAAAGGCUGAGCAGGAAACGCUCCUGGGAGGAGGCUGAGAGGUUCUGCCAGGCUCUGGGAGCACACCUGCCCAGUUUCACCAGUAACGCUGAGAUGAGGACUCUGCACAGCAUCAUGAGAGAAACCAUCAGUGAUAAUCGCUACUUCUGGGUUGGCCUGAAUAGGAGAAACCCGGCUGAUCGUUCCUGGCAGUGGAGCAAUGGCCAGCCUGUGUCAAUGGAUGUUUUGCACCAAGAUUUCCACGAGGACGAUGCGUACAGUCGUGACUGCGCUGCAUUCAAGACAGCGAAGAGCACGUUGAAGCACCUCUUUGUGUAUCUGCUCCACGACUUGCCUCCCACACCGUUCUACUCCACACCAUUUCACUGUGACGCCAGGCUGGAGUGGGUCUGUCAAAUACCCCGCGGAAAGACACCAAAGGAACCAGAGUGGUAUAAUCCCGACGGGCACCACGAGUCGUCCAUCUUUGUAGAUGGAGCAGAGUUUUGGUUUGUGAAAGAGCCACGGCUGACUUUUGAAGAGGCCCAGCUCUUUUGCAGCGCAAAUGGAAGCAAGCUGGCUGCACCGAUCGGCUCAACGGCUGCCAGACGAAUCCAUGACUACAUAGUGGAAAAGUCGAGUUCCUCCAAGCAUAGCUGGUGGGUGGAUCUGAGAGAGCCUGGGAAGAUAUUCCCCAUGACGUACACCCAGAUGUACUUUUAUCACUCCCUUUUCCUGGGCCAAUGCACCUCCACUAGUCCUGAAAACUAUUUCCCAGAGCAUGAGCGCAGUUGUCGCCAGCGAUUGUCUUUUGUGUGCGAGAGACACAACAUCACGUCAGUGGAGAUAAACCCUCUGGAGCCGCAGCCCGGAGAACUGCCAUGUGGAAACAACUCUCUGUCAUUCAGAAACAAGUGCUACACUCUGAUGAGGAGCCAGAAGCCUGUUUCAUUCAAGUAUGGCAAUGAUGAAUGUCAUUCUGUGAGGGGAACGCUAGUCACUAUAUCAGAUCAGGUGGAGCAAGACUUCAUCACCACUCUUCUGCCGGGAAUGAGGAACAUGGACAGGAUAUGGAUUGGUCUGAAAAUCAAACGUGACGACCCUGAGUGGAUGGACAAUUCCCCGGUUAACUACCUGAAUUUUAACCCUCUGCUCCUGGGCAUGCACAGGGCAAUUAAAGUCAAUACAUGGGAUCCAGCGAGUAUGGAUCUGUGUGUGUUUAUGAUCAGUAACCCCCACUCCGCCAUGCUGGGUACCUGGGACUACACUUCCUGCACACAGUAUCAGCAUUUAGGCGUUUGUCAGCACUAUGCAGAUAAACCCGAGGUGCCCAGCAUACCCAAAGAGUCCUUUAAUGUCAAUAACCACACCAUCCUGCUACUCGCCAAAAACCUCACCUGGUUUGAGGCCUUGGAGCAGUGCAGAAGCAAUAAAAUGGACUUGGCGAGUGUGGCCGAUACCUUCCUGCAAUCCACCCUGACCGUGCACGUGAGCCGUGCCAACACACCCAUGUGGAUCGGUCUCUUUAGUGAAGACGAUGGGAUCCACUACCGCUGGACUGACCACAGUCACACUCUGUUCAGUCGCUGGUCAACUGAUGUCACCAGCGGCUCCUGCGUCUACUUAGACACCGAUGGCUUCUGGAAAGCCACAGAGUGCGAGGAGGAGCUAGGGGGCGCUAUCUGCCACAAACCACAUGAGGAGACCAUCACCACUCCGGAGGAUGUAGCAGUGAAGUGCCCUCAUAAGAUUAACGGUCCAAACUGGAUCCCCUUCAAGAACAACUGCUACUCUUUCCAGCUGGUCUCCUCCAGAUGGGAGAGUUUUAACCAGGGGAAGAGUCAACAGACCUGCCAAAAACUUCAUGCAGAUGCAGAAAUCCUAACCAUCAGAAACGCAGAGGAGAAUGAUUUUAUCCAGCAGCAACUCACACCAUUUCGAAACUUGGUCCAGUUUGUGUGGUUGGGGAUGUUCAAAGUUGAGAACGAGAACCAAAUGAAGUGGUAUGACGGCACAUACGUCCAAUAUUCCAACUGGGCAAAUGGCAGGCCAGAUGUGAAAGGACCGUUCUUGGCUGGUGUUACUUUUGACAGCAACUGGAUUCUCAUUGAAAACCCCAGGUUAUUCUCCGAGUUCAAACAACGAACAAUAGUGACCUGCAAACUGGACAAAGAACCUAAACAGGAGUACAACCAGUCAUCCAGGGACCUCCAACAUUACGACAACUUGUCUUAUGAGGUCAUAAAGAGAAAGUUGAGCUGGUACCAGGCUCUGGAAGAGUGUGGUCAGCGAGGAGGCCACCUUGCAAGUGUUCACGACGCCUUGCACAGCGCCCAUAUGGAGCGUAUCGCUAAGACGGACGGCUUCCCGCUCUGGAUUGGGCUGUCGAACCAGGACGUUAGCGGCUCGGCCUACGAGUGGUCUGAUGGAACCAAGUUUGACUUCAAAGCCACCGUCUCUGAAUUACUGGAGGGCUCGAGCACAGGCAAACAAGAGGCCAGCUGUGUCUUUGUAACACCUUCAGGAGCCUGGGUGAGGACCAGCUGCAACACUCUGGUAGAUGGAGCCAUCUGCUACACCACCACCGUCACAACCCCUUCACAGAGAGCCAGACUGCAGGCUGCCCCAGAGGCCAAUCGCUGCCCUCAGAGCAACGGCGUGUCCAUGUGGGUGCAGCAUGAGGAUCACUGCUAUGCCUUCAACAUGAGCUUCUACAACUACAGCGUGUACAGCAUGCAGCAGGCCAAAGGCAUCUGUCAGGGCAUGGAUGCUCAGCUGCUGAACAUAAAAUCCACAGAGGAGAACGACUUUGUCUCAAACUACAUGUCUGAUGAUCCUCUCAUCACCAGCCGAGCAUGGCUCGCCAUGGACUUUGAUUCUCAAGGUAAGCCUGUGUCCUGGCAGGACGGCUCCACUCUGUCCUUUUCUAACUGGAAGUCUGAGUCCCUGCUCAAUGGGAAGAAGUCAGAGCCGCGUUGUGCCGUCAUGAUCGCCGGAGAUGAAAAAGGAAUCUGGAAUCUUGUGAACUGUGAGGCUAGCCACAGUAGAGUUGUGUGCAAAACUAAAGCAAAAUCUACAGGCUCCCCCGUCGCACUCGGCCUCUUCAUUGUGGUCCUCCUCGCUCUCCUUCUAACCAUCGGCUUCGUCAUCUAUAAGAAGAAAAGAUCUUACUUCACUUCUACUGUUCGCUACAAGAGGACGUUUGAUGAUUCGGACGCCAACAGUAUUAUAACAGAAACUGACUAAGCUAGCUUCAUUAACCGGCCUCAGGGAGUGUCCAUGUGCCUGCCCUCCUGUGCAUUUUUAGUACUGUUCAGCAAGAGCGGAUGCAGCCUUUUCCCACUUUUUUUAAAAUUAUUUAUUUAUCCUGCUCAAGCCUGCAGACUCUCUCCAAUUAUGUGUUAAACUGUAAAUAUUGUUAGUGAAUUGUGAAUAUCGGCCAAAACAGUUUCUUAAAAUGUGUGUUUAAUAAGAGCCCUGUGAUCUACCUAAUGUAAAUAUGGGAGCUGAGGCUUUCUCUUAAAUGUUGAACGUUGACAUGGGUGGGAUUUUUUUUUUUUCUCUUUUGUAUGUAGAUUGUAAAAAGUUUUUUGAGUUGAUUUACAGAAGUAUGCAACCUUACAAAUAUUCCCCUUUAGCCUCAUUACAGGGGUGAAAUUGCACUGAUUUGAGUGACUCCAAACUAUCAGACGCAGAAGGUGCAUUUAUUAUUUUAUAAUUCAAACUAUUCUUUCAGUAUUUUCAAAUCUGCAGAAAAUUGUAUUUCCAAAGUUACAAUGUAUUAAUACACUUUUUAAAGGCCAGUUCACCUAAAACUACUCUCAAAAGCUUUUUCUCUUUGACCUGCGAUCUUUAUUCCUUUUCCCAUAACGGACAUUUUAUCUUUGAACACUCACACAGUGCCUCAGUGUGUCACUGAGAAUCAUUUUAUGAUGACACCUUUCUACAACAGUAAGCAAAAGGCAGACACUAAAGAUAUAGGUCUAGUGUAAAUGUUAAUUUAGAUUUUAUUUAAAACUUCUCAGCGUGGUUCUAGGAGUUUGAACAAAACACUGCCCUCCAGUUUUUCCCCUGAGAUAAAUCCAAAAUCUGCAAACCUGAACAAAUUACCUAAAUCACUCUGGAUGGAAGAUUGCACUAUGGUCAAAAUAAACAUUUGUAUUCAAAGUUGAACGGUGACUUUAAACAUGCAGAAAAUCCUUUAUGUGCCUUUUGGAUCAUUACUUCAGAACAAAUGGGAGCCAGUUAAUUGGUUACCUUUAGUUAAAUUACUGAUGAAGUAACGUUUGAUGACCUUAUCGUGUCUUUUUAAUCGUCAGUUUAGAAAUGAUGAAAAACAAAAAUCUGACAUCUCUGUCCUGCUGAUUAUUUUGGAAAAAAAAAAAAAAAGAAUCAGACACCUGUUUGACUUAUGCGUCUGUGUAUCUAGACUUUCCUAUGCACUUAACUACUGAGCAAGAACGCACUUUAGAAUGUCGUCGUAUGUAAAAGCACAAUGAGGUUUAGGGAAGUUAAAAGACGUUCAAAUUUGCACUGGCCUUUGCUGUGAAUGCUUUGUAAAUAUGUGCUGUGUGAUUUAUAACUGAGAAUGAACCAAAGAUGCUCUGAUGGAUCGUUUCAAUGUGUAAAAGCCUGAAGUUUCCUUUCAGUUUGUAGAACUGCCUCAACGCGGCUGGUUAACCCAUUCAUAUCAAGUUGUAAACCAAAUGUUGGUGGGUUGUUAUAAGUUUUAUUUUAUUUUUAUUUCACUCCUAAGCAGAUCUGUCAGCUCAAAUCAGGUACAGAAGCCUUUCAAUAAAAAUUUCCUGUCUUCCAA